GUCGCAGGCCUGCUAAGCAUCAAAGUGACAUCGCCCAUAACACACAUGUUUAGCUCGGCUGUGCGCUCCGUCCUCCAGGUACUGCUAGGCAUCUGGAUCUUUGGCGAUAUUUUGACCGUCAACCGUCUGCUCUCGAUCGGCACCAUCCUGCUUGGCACGAUGUACUAUACGUGGAUCAAGAGCCAGGAGAUGGCCAAGCCUAGGCAGGCCAAAAAGCCGACGGAUGAGGAGAAAGGAGAGGUUCAGGUGAUGCUGGAGGAACAGGAGGAAAAACAGGCGGAUGAGGAGAAAAGGUAA